AUGGGUGAUCUUCAGGCGGCUCGCGAAGCCUUCGACUCCGCAGAUGAAUUUUUGAUUCCUGAACUCCAAAAGUCUCGAGGAAGCUCUCUUUUGGACAUUCUUGCCAAGGCUGUUUCUGACACUUCAUUGGAUGAUGCCUCUAAGCGAGCCAACGUUAUUGACAGAGCAUUGAAUAUACUUGCUCGUAUCCAUAGCGCCUUUGUCGCGCCUGUAAAUGAUACCGAGGAGCCCGUCCAGAGCGCGGAGGAUGCUGCUCGCGAAGACGCAAAGCGGCGCCGACUGCUCCAUGCCCUCCUGGACUUGAUUGCAAUCGAGGGCGUGUACCCGUCGCUCUCAUCGGGUGUGGGAAUUCCCCUGCAGCAGCGAGUGAUAUCUAUAUUGCCCGCUGGGGUUAUUGCCCAAGAUCCAAAGACCGCAAAGAACUCGUCUGAGAAUGAACCACUUCUAGAUCGUAUAAUAUCGACGCUGUCCGAUAUAGUUCUUGAUGCACGACCCAGCAUACAACCCGUGGUCCGUGGUCGAAUCUUAAGCGAUAUCAUCAGCGGAGUUGCAGAAUUAGCUUUCAAUUCACAAUCCCUGGAAGUUGAGAGGAAAGAAUGGUAUCGGAACGUGUUUACGGAUGUCAUUAAGGACACCCCGAGCUCAGUUCUGUUGUCGACUCUGUCGAAUUUUCUGCAAGCCAACCCGGCUCCAUGGUUCAAAGAUACAAUUUCUAGCCAACUUUCCCGAGUCCCCUUGCGUAAAGAUGGGUUGGUUCAGACAAUAUUGUUCCUGGCAACACAAUUCAGUCCCUCUCUAGGACAAGAAGCCCAGGCCGCGGCCUCUAAUGGUCCUCAUUUCACCGUACAAGCGAUCAUGCAGACUUCUCGCUUGUUGUCUUCGGUACCCCAAGGAAUGGACCCUGUCGAAUACUUUUCUACGAUUGCUCCACAGUUGUUGGCCUUGAUUGAUGGUGAUGACCCCGACUUGAGGAAAACCGCUGCCUAUACAGUCGGCAACGGAAUCCUUGGAAAGCGCCAAUAUGGCGCCCCCGGAACGAUCGGCCACUUGAUAUUCUUGGAACCCUUAUUCAAGACGCUCACGGCAGGUUUAGACGGUCCCUCCAUGACUUGGAUGAGACAAACGAACGACACCGACGAGGCUCUAGCACAACAUGUUCUUGUUCGCGAAUCUAUGUUGUGCCGGGCGGUCGACAGGCUAGGAAGCCUGGUCCUUCAGCCUCCAAACCCAGCGCUUGUCAAGAGAGUUAUCUACCCAAUUCUCGUGCCUCUUUGGGGUCUAGCUUGCUUUGCUCUGGAACAUCAACACACAAUACUACAUGAGAAUAUUAUGACGAUAUUACGGACAUACUUUGGCAUUUCUGUGGGGAUGCAGCCACUCAAGAAGCUGGUAGACCAUUUGCUGUGGGACGGAGGCUCGUCGUGGACCUACAGUAUCGAGCAAAGAUAUGGACUGUCACUGACGAAGCGAAAAACCGAAGAACAGAAUCAGUUUAAUGUUGUUAGACUGAUGGAUACUUUACAGUCUCGCACCAAGCUCUUCGUGGGUUUGUUAGGAGCAGACCCCAGCAGCGAAGAGCGCACUGGUGAUAUCUUCCUCUACGUGAGCGAAAAUUGGCUGGCGAGGCCUUCGACUAAUGGGCAAAUGCCCGAUAAAAUGCAACUAUCCCAAGACAACGAUGGUUCUGCCGACAUCAUGCGGAAACUAAUUAGCGCGAAGCUUGCAGAAUCGCUUUUGGAAAACUUCAAAGACGUUCUUUCUCGUCGUCCUCUCAGAGUCCUUGAGCUAGUCAAGCAGAUCAUAGACGGUGAACUUAACAGUGCCAAUGUCUUGAAGAAGAAAGCCAAGGCGCAGAGUUCUGCCAAAAUGUCUCUUUCUUCCCUGGCCAAUAUCGUUGAUACUGAGGACAGUGGACGCGAAGAGUCGAGAGGCGAGGCAAAUUCAGCUGAAUCAUUACCAGCUGUAUUCAGUCUGCUAUCCACUGUCCUCGCCUCACCUGAAUUUUCCGCAUCGCAAGAGACUGUUCCAGUCCUGGAAACCAUCAAAGGAAGACUGGACGAUCUCAUCACAUACCUCCCCGCAUCACUCGCAAAACAAGGAACAACCUCCUCUAUGCUGUUAGAGAUCCACAUAGCAUCGCCUGCGGAAGGAGGCCAGCAGAAGUCGUCUUCCGAAAUCUCUGAUUUCGAUACUCAUCGCCGAGCCCUCACGAAUCUGAACUCCGAUCUUCCUCCUGUACAGGCCGAAGGAUUUUCUUUGUUGUCUGACCUAAUCAAGAAAGCCUCGCCCGUUCUUGACAUCCAAUCCACACUCACUCUACUUCUUUCCAUCAUCACAGACCCAUCUGAAACUUCCUCCAAUGACGAGUUCAUUUAUCUCAACGCCAUCAAACUCGUUGGCACGCUCGCUUCGCGUCAUCCGCGCACCGUUAUUAAAACGCUCGUUGAACGUUACGCCGACAGAACCGAGACCGCCACGCUCGACCAAAGACUGAAAAUCGGCGAAUCACUCAUGCGCACCGUCCAGGAUCUCGGCGAAGCCCUAACCGGAGACACCGCGAAGGUUCUCGGCGACGGCAUGAUCGCCGUUGCCGGAAGACGAGCACACAAGCCGGAAGCCCACAAGUCUCGAAAAGAACAACUCGAGAAAGAAAGACGGCAGAAAGAGCGCGAAGAGCGUAAAAACAGAGAACCGCCCGUGCCGGAAGGCUGGACAUUCUCCACCACGUCUCUAACUCCUAAAGAAAAAGAGGAGGCCAAGGCCGCACUCCACGACGAGGACUCCGAUACCGAGACCCCCGAACAAGCCGCCUACUCGGCAAAUAUCAUCUCAGCCUGGGCCGCGGGAGCUUCUUCGGACGAAGAACCAGACGACCUGCGAGCUCGAGCCUCGGCACUCUCCGUCCUCGCAACAGCCGUGCAGACCAACAUCGUCGGCCUCGGGCCCUCUGUCGUCGCGUCCGCCGUCGACAUGGCGCUCUCAACCCUGACCUUAGAACCAGACCCGGAGUCUGCGAUUCUCCGACGCGCCAGCGCCAUUCUCCUCCUGGACAUCCUCAAGGCCAUGGAAGCGUCUCGCGAGCGGGGUGGCAAGAACGCCAUCGGCUUUGGCUUCUCGCUUUCAGACGACGGGACAGGGAAUUCCUGGAACGCCGAAAAUCCCACGACAGUCGGGAACAUACCGCACAUGCUACGCAGUCUGGCGUCCGUUGAAAGCCGCGAGACGGAUACGAUUGUGCGGGGGCAUGUUCGCGUGUUGAAUGAGAGCUUGGAGGCUUGGUUGGAGAAGGCGCUGCUGUGGGGGAUCGGGGUGCAUGAAGGGGAUGAUGCUGAUGAACCGCGAUUCGAACUAGGUGAUCGGAUCGCUGGUCUGCAGGUUGAUCCGUUGGCAGGGAGGGGUGCUGGCGGGCGUCCGAGGAUUGAAGAAAUUGAGUAA